ACGUUCAGAAAAAAUACGUGAAGUGCUGUAAGCUGUAGUUGACUGUCCACGUUUACUGUGAUGAUUGACAGCUGUCAGAACAUUCAACAUCUUAAAUAAUAUAACGAGUAGUGAGUCUUUUCAGGAUUGUCCACAAAAAGUGUUGCAGAUGAAGAGAAGGCUACUAUUAAAACAGAAAACACAGUCAGUGCAGCUAUAGCUCAGUGCUAACCAGUUUUGCAGGAUUUGGGCAGAAGCAGACUGAUCAUGAGCACAGAGACUCAUGUGAAGGACAUUAAACCUGGACUCAAGAAUCUCAAUGUCAUCUUCAUUGUGCUGGAAACAGGACGAGUGACAAAGACCAAAGACGGUCAUGAAGUGCGCACAUGUAAAGUGGCUGACAAGACGGGCAGCAUCAGUAUAUCGGUUUGGGAUGAAGUCGGUGGACUCAUUCAGGCUGGUGACAUCAUCAGACUUACCAAAGGUUACGCCUCAGUUUUUAAAGGCUGUUUGACACUGUACACUGGAAGGGGAGGUGAACUACAGAAGAUUGGAGAAUUCUGCAUGGUGUAUUCAGAGGUGCCAAACUUUAGUGAGCCAAAUCCAGAAUAUUUGGCCCAGAUGAAUAAAACGGGACAGAAUGACCAGAGCAACAUAAACAGCAGCACUGGUGCCGCUGCAGGUAAUGACACUCCCAAUGGAAAUGGCGUGAAUUCUCAAGGCUCUGGUAACUCUACUAAUCCACAGCCAGGUGGAAGAGCAAGUGGUGGAAACGGAAACAGGUCAACACCAAGUCCAGGUGUGGGAGGAAGUUCUGUGACCAAUGGCAAGGAGACACGGCGAACAGUCAAAAGAUGAUUUUGUUCAAUAAUGACACAGCAUACAGUAAUAAUUUCAAAAUGGUUGUGAGCAGCUAUUUUUUAUGUCUUAUUUGAAGACAUAUAUUGCUAAAUUUUGAGCUUCAUGCUCUCAUAUAUAUUGGUUUACCUCAAUGGAUUGUCCAGUCUUGUAAAGUUAUGUUUAGAGAACUGCUUCCUGUUUUUCUUGUUUCAUGCUCUACAGAA